AGAUGAGUCGCGCACUUACCCACAAACACACAACAAGUUCAGCAGCAUGAGCGCGGAGAAUUCCAAAAACUUGCUAUCGCUGGGUGGAACUUAGACCCACUCCCCUCAUUCUUUAGACAUCAGAGCCAUGUCAAGUGGUCCCGCUGCUGGUGGUGCUGGAGUUGCUGUUUGCGAAGUCCGCCAUAUCCGAGUUCAACGAAACAAUGCGCUACAAGAUUGGAAGGAUGUUGAGCAGGUAAGAGUAGAGAGAGUUGAAGGUGACAAAGGCGACCACGUGCUGAAGAUAGGAAGCAAAAUGACUCUCCAGUGGAAUCAGGUGGCAAUGGCCUCCAUUACUUUGAACAGAAGCGGGCAGAUUUUGGACCUGGUUCUUGCUUCGAGUGACCACUCUCACUUUGAUUUCAUUGAGCUCUCCCUUCCUAUGGCUCCUGCAACUGCAGUGCUUCUUCAGGAGAUCCAUGAAGCAGUGGAGGUCACAAGUAUUUCGAGAGGUCUCUUAGUGUGGCCAUUGAGAACGCUUCAUUCGAGUCUGUCAUUUCGACAAGUCUAUUGGUGGUACCAAGUGCUUUCGAACACCUUCGAGAUUAUGUUCGCGUUAACCUUCUUUCUGACGCUGCAGAGGAGAUUCACUUCCUCUGCUGAGGGAGUCUUGUCCUCGUUGACAAAGCUUCGAGAUGACAUUUCAGGAAUCUUGAUGGGUGAGCUGCUGGAAUCUGACUGGCCCACCCUCGCAGUCAUCCAUCAUGCACUUGAACAAGUCUUUGGCAGCUUCUUCCUCAUCCCCCUGUAUAUGCCGCUUCAAGUGCUUUUUAUUUUGCUGGAUUUUCACUCGGACAUGCUUAUUUUGACAAUGCUGUUGCCUCAUGUCUUUCUCCUGUGGCACUCGGUAACGAGCUUGGUGUACGCUGCUCGGAAGACCUUUGGCCUUGUGCUGAAGAUAGGGAAGAUUAGCCAUGCCACUGUGUCCAGAGCAAGGACUGUAGGCGAAACCAAGAAGAAUUCCUAGCCUAAGAGCCGAUGGAUCUUCGCUGCUCUAGCGAAAAAGAAGGUCCAUGCACAGAUUCGUCUGGCAG